CUCAGCGAGUGUUGCGCCAUUUUUGCCUGUAACGUAGGGAAUAAUUUAUUUACAAGUGAAAGUGAAAUGACACAGAAGAAAUAUUUAUUUAUUAAUGUACGAAGGAAAAUCUGUAGGGGCCCUUCUGUUGUAAUUUCUUGUAGAAAUUCAUUCCUUUGCCGGAAUUCCUAUUCGUUUGUUCAUAUCGUUCCAGAAUUUGAAACAAUUUCCUUCAAUGUGGCGGGAGAUCUGAGUGCAUGACGUUUUGCUGAUUUCAAAGAAUGGGUAUAACUGGACUCCUGCCAUACUUGAAAAAUAUCCACACUCCAGUCAAUGUUUCACAGUUUGAAGGUUGGACAGUUGCAGUAGAUGCAUACUGUUGGCUUCAUAAAGGUGCAUUUUCAUGUGCUGACAAAUUGGCACUUGGUGAAACCUCUGACCAGUACGUAUGUCCGUUACUGCAUGAAAUAUGUGAAUAACAUGCUGAAGAAGAAAAUCCGACCCAUUCUGGUAUUUGAUGGGUGUCGUUUACCUUCUAAGAAAGAUGUUGAGAACACUAGAAGAGAACGUAGAGAAAUGAACAGGAAAAAAGCAGCAGCAUUUUUGAGGGAAGGUAAACGAAGUGAAGCCAAAGAAUGUCUUCAGAGGAGUGUUGAUGUAACACCACAGAUGGCUCUUCAGCUCAUGAAUGCCUGCAGAGAACAAGGCGUGGAUUGUAUUGUGGCUCCAUAUGAAGCAGAUGCACAGUUGGCAUAUCUCAAUAAGAUUGGUGUGGCUCAAAUAGUUGUUACAGAAGACUCAGAUUUAUUGCUUUUCGGCUGUGAUAAGGUAAUAUUCAAGAUGGAUGUCUUUGGUAAUGGAAUUUUGGUGGAGCAAUCUCGACUAAAUGAAGUACUGAAGAUAAGAAGUGAUUUUUACACUUUUGAUAAGUUCCGGUACAUGUGCAUUUUGUCCGGUUGUGAUUACCUUGCUUCAUUACCAGGAAUUGGUUUGGCAAAAGCUAACAAGGUGUUCAGAAUGGCCCGACAAGCAGAUCUUAAAGUAGUAAGUAUUUUGAUAACAACGAAAGUGCAAAAUUGUCAUCAACAGGUUCACAAAGCUUGUGAAAACAAAAUCCUUGAAAUAGCAUCUAUGUUCUGGUUGCUGUCAAGUAUCAUGAAGUGGGAAGGGGAUAUUGAAAUGGUUGGUGUCUGUACAUUGUCUGUCCAUCUGCCCAUUUCCAGAGAAUAUCUCAAACUUUUUAAUAAUAUAGUAUGAAACUUUGCAUAUAUAUCGAACACAAACUGACCUGGUACAUUUUGAUCUUAUGGUAUUUCUGACAAAAUAUUCUGAUGUGCCCCGCUGUGAUGUUGCUGGAAUAUUGCUAAAAGCGGCGUAAAACCAAAACUCAGUCAUU